UUCGCGCAUCCACCGGCGCAUAGACACGAAAAUAUAUACAAAAUACUUUUUACAUUUCGAAACUUUUUUCAAUAUGUAAAAGUUGGAGUUUUAAAAAUAGUUUGUUUAAAAAUAAGUCUUUUUAUUUUAGUUUUUUUGGACUUAAAUUAUGAACUUCACAGAUUUAUAGUUAAGUUUUAAUCAAAAUGGAACGGUUUGUGAUUCUGGCUCUAUUGGCCUUCAUUGUAACCUGUCUACACUAUACCUCAGCAGAAGAAACAGUCUUAUCAGAAGUACUAACACCCAAAACUGAGGAACAGACAGACAAACUAAAAAGACAGAGCAGAAGUUACUACGACUACAGAUAUGGAGCCCCACGGCCUAUUUACGAUAGGCUAGAGUACGGCAGACAGGAGUACGACAGGCCUCGCUGCGGACGCUGCGACGAUCGCAGGGACGACGAUGACGACUACGACAGACGCGACCGAUACGAUGACGACAGACGGGGACACAAACCGACGUACGGUAACAGACACGACAAUAAGAAAAACUAUGAUAGCGACGAAGAUAGAUACUCAGACAGAAAAGGUGGGAACAAAAAUGGAACUGACGAAGAUAAUGGAGAUGGUAAAAAUGCGUACGAUGACAAGGAUAGCCGACCGAGUGGAAGCCGACGAGGGAGUGAUAGAGAUAGAGACAGGGAUCGUGGGAGGGACAGGGAUCGCGACAGGAGGAGAGGAGGAGAUCGGUACGAUGAGAGAGACCGAUACAGACCAGACUAUUACGAUAGAUUCCUAAGAGAUCCGUAUAGAGAAAGAGAUUACUACGACGAUUACCGAGGAAGAAGGCCUUUGUAUGAUAGAUAUUAUCCUAGCUAUGAUGAUGGAUUGAGCAGAUACGAUGGUUAUGGAUAUUCAGGAGUUAGAAGACCAGCUUAUGAUGAUAGAGGAUACGAUGACGGGUAUGGGGGCUAUGGACCUAGCGCUGGCAGAGGGCCCCAUGACAGUUUCAGGCCAUGGGAUGAAACCUAUCGUGGUCAAGCGGGUUGGGAUGCGGGUGGCAGAGGCUAUUAUUUUGCAUCUGGCAGGCCUGAUGCUGCGCCAGCCGCCGGCUGGGGUCGCCCUGAGUAUGCAAGACCACAAGACACAGGCUACCAGAGCGCUGGCUACUCCGGUUAUGCAGGCUCCUACCGGGACCCCUACGCCCAAGGCAGUAGUGGAUACACUGCCGGCGCUGGGUACGGCCAAGGAGCCGGCUAUGCCCAGCCAAGUGCCGCUUAUGGCCAAGCUGCGGCCUACGGGCAGAGCUUUGCAGGGUACGGGCAGAGUAGUGGGUAUGGACAGGGGAGCGGGUGGCAUAGUGUGGGGGAGAGGAGACCUUAUAGGGAUGAGAGCUCCGUAAAGAAACUAGAAAACCGCGACAACUACAACCAAGAAACAGGCCGCAAUCAGAACAGCUUCGACCAAUCCAGCAGACAGCCAGCGAGCUACGGCCAGACUUCUAACUACGGCCAGUCCUACCAGCAGGUCUAUGGAAGCAGCAGCACAACUCCUGGCACCAGCUACUUGUUCCAGAGGGAAGAUGAACAGGUCACGGUGAAAGAUGUUGAGACUACUAAGCCGCCAUCUUAGAUUUUUGUAUUCCGUUUUUGAAUUUAGAAUUUUGUGCCCGUUUAAAUGGCAAAAGUAUUGUUUGUGGAAUUUCUUUGAUGAAUUUGAAGAUUGUAAUGAAUGGUAUUGAAAAAAUUAUAGGUUUUUUUUUAUAUUGUAGUGAGUGAUUACGUCAACAAUAUAAACUAUGAACUCACUAGGUAAGGUCAAUGGUCAUAUAUUAUCAUCCUCCGAGCCUUUUUCCCAAUCAUGUUGGGGUCGGCUUCCAUGGUCAUAUAUUAUGAUAAAUCUAAACCUUUCGUUUACAAAAUGCGGCAAAUUACUUAAGGGCUAUUACGCACUGUCGACUAGUCGGCGGCGACUAAGUCCCUCGGCGACCGAAACAUAGGCAGCAAGGCCGGAGACCGAGCCGACAAAGUGCGUAACACCCUAUUUAAACUAAUGAAAGUCACAGUCGCUGGCAACUCGGUCGCCAGCGACUAGUCGACAGUGCGUAUAGGCCCUAAGUCAGUCAACCAUGGAAUGUCUACAAUUCUCUUAAUUAUACAGUACUUAUAACACUGAUCCCCUCAUGAACCAUCUCUAUAGCAAUCAAUAUAUCAUCUUAGUCUGUAUUUUGAUACGAAAGAUAGAGCUCAACCCAAUUUUAUUUUUGAGUUGGAGAUCAAGUUUCGUCGAUUGAGUAUAGAGUAACAAUCUCAAAGUAUUUUUUUAUUUUUAAAUUCAAACUCAAAUAACUAAACAAUUUUAGUUUGAGUUUUAUCAAGAGAUUCAGCACAAAAGACUCAUUAAUUUGUGUGAGGCCGUCGCACUUCGUCACUGAACUACGGCCUUACACAACUAUGCUUAGUACUAAGUGUGUGCUUCCCACAAUUAGACGUAGAGUUAUUUAAUUAUUGAUUACGUAUUAAGUAAUAAAGUAAUUUAAUUAUG